UUUAUUGUAAGUUUAUACUUAUCACGACUAGUGCGCGUAUUAUCCAAGUAUUGAUCCCAAUCACAAUCAUCAUAUUUGCUACAUUUACAUGACAUCACUAAUGAAGCAGUCAAGUGUAGUGAGUGACACGUGUUUAAAUACCGUAGGCAUAAUUAAUUGCUUGGCUAACUGAAACAGGUGUUAGUAUAUUUGGCAUAUUUACUUCUAAUGAUAAAUUUCAACUGGUAGCCUAUAAAACGUAUUGUAUCACUAGGUUUCCUUGUUAUUCAGUUUCAAAAAUGUGUAACUAUUGUAAGGCCAUUAGCUUCCUUAUCAUCAGUGUGUUAUGUGUUUCACCAACAAAAAGCAACGUGGUACAAGUUCAACGACCUUUCGAACAAAAGCGAUCCGAAAGCACAUAUAUAUUGAUCGGAAAUUACACGUAUCAAAAUAGGGACAAUAAAGGGAGUAAUACGGCUAGGAUUUACGUGCCACCUUCUACAUACAGCGGAAGACGUAUAUCAACUUUACCUGGAUCGGAGGGUGGUUCUCAAAUGACACACACAAUGAUCAAUUAUAGUAUUAACAAACCGUGGACACCACCUUUGGACACAGAGGCACAAUGUUCCAAAUACCUCGAUGAGAUUGCAACACUGAAGAAAACCCUUCAAGAGUUAACAGAUGCUAACAAGAAGGAAUCUAGAACAGAUGCUAACAAGAAGGAAUCUAGAACCACCGAGAAGCCUAAAAAGCAGACGAUUAAAAGUAAAAAACUUCCUUCGAAAACGUCUAAGAAACCCACAUCCUCGAAAUCAAGUGAAAGAGACGUGUACUUCAGUUCACGGAGAACAUACGACGAAAUGAUGAAGCUGUUCGACAGGACUACACUGGCUGGCGUCGAUUCGAAAAUCCGCGCAAAUGCCGAUUACUAUUUACACCACUUGAAGAUGAACCUUCUUGUGCUGACCAGCAAUAUCCAGGACUAUUCCAAGAUAGAAACCUGCUUCAGUAACUUCCCAAGUAGGACCCAGCAACUCCGGGACUACAUGUCCUACUACUAUGACAACUGUAAAGGCCACUACGAGCAAACGUGUAACAGCAACGCGUUGGUGACCUACCAAGACGGUUUGAAUGAACUAGAAUACAUGAUAGCUGAAUGCAUCCGUCAGCGCAUCAACUAAAGAAGAUCUACGUACGAUUAUAGGUAGAUGUGAAAUCAAGACAUUAAACUAUGUAAGAAAUAAUAAAGGUAACCAAAACGGGUGGUGGUUUGUGCGCAUAACGAUGGUUUAAGGUGCUGUAGCGAA